UCGGAACCCGGCAGCCAGAGAGGAGGAAGAUGAAUGGCCCCAGGUCAGAGCCUCCGGCUCAGUGGACCUCAAGCCGCCUCCAGGACGCCAGAAGCGGCUUCAGUGGUAGCCAAGUCCGAUAGCUGCCCGUGCUGUGCGGCUGGGGCGGAGGGUGGCCAGAGCCGGGGACUGAAGCUCCGUGCCACCUGCGCGCCAGAGCGCACACCUGACGCUGUCCGUCCACAGACGGGGCCUGCGGUUUAGCAAAUCCGAGGCUCAUCUCUCAAGGAACGAAGGAAAGAAAACGAAGUCCCACGUCUGGAUGCCCUGGUCCAUCCCGCUGCCCCGCCGGUUUUCCAAGUUUUUAAAAGCUGGCCACUCUGACCCCAGUUCCGAAAAAUUAGCAGUCGCGGAGACCCGCCCUUCAGAAAGCAGAGGCUUGGCAAGCUCCAGCUGAGUAGGCGGGAGGCUUGCCCCUGGGGACUUACGGGGCUGCCACCACCGCGACCACCUCAGCCCUCGCCUCUCGCACGCCAACGCAGCGUGCCACCGACCCACCAUGUCCGCCCCCGGGACCAACGCGUCCGCCUCCUUCAACCCCGACGGGCUGAACAGCCCAGUGACCAUCCCGGCUGUGAUGUUCAUCUUCGGGGUGGUGGGCAACCUGGUGGCCAUCGUGGUGCUGUGCAAGUCGCGCAAAGAGCAGAAGGAAACGACCUUCUACACGCUGGUGUGCGGGCUGGCCGUCACCGACCUGCUGGGCACGUUGCUGGUGAGCCCGGUGACCAUCGCCACCUACAUGAAGGGCAGGUGGCCGGGCGGGCCGGGCGACGACGCGCUGUGCGAAUACAGCACGUUCAUCCUGCUCUUCUUCGGCCUGUCCGGCCUCAGUAUCAUCUGUGCCAUGAGUAUUGAGCGCUACCUGGCCAUCAACCACGCCUACUUCUACAGCCAAUACGUGGACAAGAGGCUGGCGGGCCUCACCCUCUUCGCGGUCUACGCAUCCAACGUGCUCUUCUGCGCGCUGCCCAACAUGGGCCUGGGCAGCUCGCGGCUCCAGUACCCGAAAACCUGGUGCUUCAUCGAUUGGACCUCGAACGUGACCGCACACGCCGCCUUCUCCUACAUGUACGCGGGCUUCAGCUCCUUCCUCAUUCUCGCCACCGUGCUCUGCAACGUGCUGGUGUGCUUCGCUCUGCUCCGCAUGCACCGCCAGUUCAUGCGCCGCACCUCGCUGGGCAUCGAACAGCACCACGCAGUGGCCGCGGCCUCGGUGGCUUGCCGGAGCACCCCAGCCAACGCCUCCCCGGCGCUACCGCGCCUCAGCGACUUUCGCCGCCGCCGCAGCUUCCGCCGCAUCGCGGGCGCGGAAAUCCAGAUGGUCAUCUUACUCAUCGCCACCUCCCUAGUGGUGCUCAUCUGCUCCAUCCCGCUCGUGGUUCGAGUGUUCAUCAACCAGUUAUACCAACCACCUUUGGAAAAAGAUGUCAGCAAAAAUCCAGAUUUGCAGGCCAUUCGAAUUGCUUCAGUGAACCCCAUCCUGGACCCCUGGAUAUAUAUCCUGCUGCGAAAGACUGUGCUCAGUAAGGUGAUAAAGAAGAUCAAAUGCCUCUUCUGUCGCAUUGGUGGGUCCCACAGGGACCAUUCGGGGCAGCACUGCUCAGAAAGUCGGAGGACAUCUUCCCCCAUGUCGGGCCACUCACGCUCCUUCCUCUCCCGGGAGCUGAAGGAGAUCAGCAGCACCUCUCAGACCCUUCUCUACCUGCCCGAGCUCAGUGAAAAUGGCCUUGGAGGCCGCAGUUUGCUUCCAGGUGUGCCAGGCGUUGGCCUGGCCCACUCAGACACCACCUCGCUGAGGACUUUGCGAAUUUCAGAGACCUCAGACUCUUCCCAGGGGCAGGACUCAGAGAGCAUCCUCCUGGUGGAUGAGGUUUCUGGAAGUGGCAGGGCGGGACCUGCCCCAAAGGUGAAUGCCCUGCAAGUCACAUUUCCCAAUGAAACUCUGAAUUUAUCAGAAAAAUGUAUAUAGUAGCAACAGAAAGAGCUGAAGCACUAUUGCCGAAGCUUACAAAAUCCAGUGCAACAGACACAUUAAGUGCUCCCUGUGCUCAGAAGGGCUAUUUUCGUCCCAUCUCCACGUGACAAAACAUCUUGACUCUUGAGCACUUUGCAAAUAAUCCAGUUGAUUCACAUGGGGCCUGAGGGCCGAAGCAAGUUGCCACCUCAGGGUGACAGGGGUUUUUCACAACUUGGCCUGUGUCCCACAGAUGGCAAGGUGAAGGCUGGGAAGAUCUCCUUUCAGUUAUUCUACUUGAUAAGAGAUGGUGUCAAUUUUGUUCUUCUCAUAACAUCAAGAGCUUUCUGGCUGACACACAGCAGAAGGCCCAGAACAGAAGGGCUCAACUCCAAUACACAAGGACAACCUGUGGAAGGUUUAAGUGUCUCACUAAAGCAUGAAAUGUGAAUUUUAUUGUUGUAAAUAUGAUUUAAAUAUUUAAAGAUUUUCUUCUCUGUGAGAAGGUUGAUUGUUAAUACAAAGUAUAAUAAAAGUAUGGUAACUCCCCUUCUCCCUGUAUAACCAGCAGAAGUUACACAUGUCAGAAGUUUUUCAUUAACAGGUUCAGGCCAACUCUAUCAAUAAAAAAAAAAAACAUCAUUGAAAGGGAAUGUUUAGUACUAUUAAAAGACUAAAGAAAAUACAAUUUGAGACAUGAAAAUUAAAGUCCAAAAUACUGAAAUACUUUCCAGGCUGUAUGUAAUACAUACAGAAGCAUUUCUGGCAAUGCUACAGAAAACUGUGAUUUUAGGACAAUCUAACAUACUGGUAAAUAUUUUCUACUUUUAAAAAAUGUAACAAAUUUUAAAAACAUUUAGUAAAUAACCUGAAGUGUAAAAAAUAGUCAGUAGUUUAUUUCCUCCCAAAAUUGUGCCUAAUUUUAAUUUCCUAAAGAAAACUGUAGAAUAUCAUCUAAAAUUUAAGAAGGCAGUUGUGACUUAUAGACCUUAGGAAGAUGACUGUAGAAAAACUGGUUUAUUGUCCUCUUAGAUGUCCUAGGAGUUGAACACAGCGUUCAGAGGUCAGAAAUUGAGCAUGUAAGCGUACUUUUCUAAGUCUAGUCUAAGUCUACUUCACACCCAGUGAUGCCAUCCACAUUUUUGAAGGGACUUUCUUAAAGAAAUACUAAGCAUGUUUUGUUGCUCAAAGUGUUUUUGUGAACUGUUUGGUUGUAAUUAAAUUCUGAGCCUGGUAGUGAUAUGGUUUUAAGAAGCAGUUGUACCAACUGAAAUUAUUUUGGAAGUUUUAAAAAAUAAAUAACAAUCUGA